AUGGCGUCUCUCCCGGGCAAGGCAGAGGUCGUGCAUAUGGAGCAGGACAAGUCGUCGUCUGAAGGAGCUGCUGUCGACAUUGCCGAGGCCAAACGAAUUGAUGAGGGAGAAGGGGCAUCAGAUCUCAAGCUCGACAAGCGUGGCCUUCCCCUUGUACCGCAACCAUCAGAUCGCAGAGAUGAUCCGCUUAACUGGUCACCGAUGCUCAAAUUGUUCGUCCUGUUGCAAGUCAGCUGGCUCGCUUUUCUGGGACCUAUGGCUGGCGCGAUCGUCAACCCGGCCUUUGUGCCACUGAGCAAGCAGUUCGACAUCACUGUGGUCCAGGCCUCGUAUGAGCUUACUGUGUAUAUUGUCUCUGCAGGCGUAGGGCCCCUGUUCACGGUGCCACUGGCCAAUGUGUACGGCCGAAGACCUGUCUACAUUCUGGGCAAUCUUCUGGCCGCCGUCACCAACAUCGCUGCAGGGUAUUGCAACACGUGGACCGGGAUAAUGGUAACGCGCGUGUUCAACGGCAUCGGUGCCGGCUCUCCGGGCGCCAUAGGAGCUGCGACAGUCUGCGACAUGUACUAUCUGCACGAGCGUGGAUUUUACAUGGGCAUCUUCACAUUCCUUCUCACUAACGGGCCUCAUGCCGCCUCUUUGUUCGGCGGCUUUAUCGCCCAGAGUCUGGGUUGGAGGUGGUGCUUUUUGAUUCCAGGUUAUAUCCAGCUCGGCACGUUCGUCUUGACGCUUUUCUGCCUGCCAGAAACAAUCUACUCUCGCCGGUCCAGCACCAAUAGCCGACGGGAACGAUCUUUCAAGGACCUCCUCCUCUUCAGACAUUCUGGCUUGCAGGACCGCAGGCUCCAUUUCGGCGACUUCCUCCGGCCGUUUUACAUGCUGAAGUACCUGUCGAUUGUGAUUCCGGGCCUCUACUACAUGACGGCUUUCGGGUUCGGGUCGGUGCUGUUCGCUGCGACAGGGUCGAGCUUGUUCCGCACUGUAUACCACUUCGACGUCGCGCAGACGGGAAUGCUGCUUAGCAUCCCACUCCUCAUCGGCUGUUUGCUGGGCGAAAUGAGCGCAGGCUGGCUCACGGAUUACAUGGUCUACCGAUACGCCAAACACCACGGUGGUAGACGGGAGCCAGAACCACGCAUCAACGCGGUGGUCCUGGCGGUCUUGUGUCCGAUCGGAAUCAUCAUCGACGGCAUCUGUCUGUCGCAUUUCAAGACCGUGCCGUGGGUGGGCGCGGCGUUUGGCAUGGGCAUUGCGAACUUUGGCCUCCAGAUCGCGACGACAGUUACCUACAGCUACUGCACAGACGUAUGUGACCACCCCAGUGCCAAUACUCCGGGAUAA